GGUAAGGUUUCGUGCGUGCUGGCUCCCCUCCCACGGGUGCACGACAGUUCUGGCAUCUCAUCUCACACUCUCUUCCUGCCGCGAUGCAUAUCACCGUAGCAUGAGUAAGGAACAGCUUAUUUCAGCCUUGUGAUCCAAGGUGUUCCAUAAAUAAAUCCUCUCCAUCCCAGAUUCGAUGCAGCUGCGAUGCGGCCUGGAAAUUAUCUUCAUGGAGAUGCUGGAGGACUCGACACGAUCCGGCUGCGAGGGUGCGAGGGUGCGAUCUCAAUGCCAAGCACCACCACAGGGGCCGAAAGCGACCCUUCAUCAGCCCACUGCAUGGGAAGGCGUACAGGGCAGGAGGAUGGGACAGCCAGAGGGUGCAAAGCAGCAAGCAAGCAAGCAGAAGCACAGAAUCACGAAAUGGCUCGUCGUCUAUUGGCGCGCUCGUGAGACGGUAAGGUUAUGUUGGCCUGAAUUGCGAGAACCUCAAAGCAGCAAAUGCACGCUCUCCACGAGAACGAUAAGCUGUACCAAGUCAUGUCUGUCUGUCUGUCUGUCUGUUCUGCUGCAAGUCGUCCCGCGUCUGCUUUCUCUCUUUCUCUCUAUUCUCUUCUCCAUGGGCCACGAACGGACAGCAUUUCAUUCGUCUAGUAUCCCCGAAUGAAGACUAGAACUCGACCCGACCCCCCCUUUCGUAGGUAUGUUCUAGACCUGGCCAUUCGCCUGUCGAUUCGUGAUGCGCUUCCUCUCCCCCUGCUUCAAAGCCAUCCGUUAACCUUGAAGUCGCCACCCCCUUCCAUCCCGACAUUUAAGCUUGGAGGCACGAUUUGCCCAGAUCAGUUGAGCAGGAAAGUGGAGACGCUGAGAUGGGCAUGGCAUGCUGC